AUGAUGUGGAUCUCAAGAACUAGUUUAAGGUUUGGUCUUUCUUCUUCCAUUCCCAAGUUUCAUCCAUUUCUUUCAAACCCUUCUUCCCUCUCUUCCUUUCGCUCUCACACUCAGACCCCAUUACUUGACGAUCACUAUGUUCCUCACGUUGUUUUCCAAAUCGAUAGCAUGAUUCAAAUGCGUCAUGUUCCUCCCAUAUAUGAAUUUGAUAAGAUUUUGGGAUGCCUUACAAAGAUGAAGCGCUACCCUACUGUUAUUUUCCUUUCUAAGCAAAUGGAGAUCAAGGGAAUUCGCCAUAGUCUUAUUACUCUCAGCAUCCUCAUCAAUUGUUUAUGUCACUUGUCUCAAAUGACAUUUGCUUUCUCUGUAUUAGCCAAAAUUUUCAAACUGGGCUAUCACCCAAAUGUCAUAACUUUAACUACACUCGUCAAAGGUUUGUGUAAGAAAGGUGAGUUGAAGGAAGCAUUCAGAUUUCAUGACAAGAUGGUAGCACAAGGAUUUCGGUUCAAUGAAGUCAGUUACGGGACUUUGAUCCAGGGAUUGUGCCAUAUUGGAGAAACCAAAGCUGCCAUACAGUUACUCAGAAUAAUUGAAGUUCGAUCAAUUAAACCUGGUGUGGUAAUGUACAGUACAAUUAUUCACCAUCUAUUCAUAAAUGGACUUGCAAAUGAGGCUUUUGAUUUGUAUUCUGAAAUGGUUGCCAAGGGAAUUUCUCCUGAUCUUGUAGCAUGCACUACUCUGGUUUAUGGAUAUUGCAUUCUACAUCAUUUACAAGAAGCAAUUGACUUCACAAAUGAGAUGAUAUCAAAUAACAUCAGACCAAAUAUUUUUACCUAUAAUAUACUCAUUGAUGCCUUGUGUAAAGAAGGAAGGAUAAAACAAGCCAAGAAUGUGUUAGCUAUGAUGGUGAGAGCUUAUGUGAAACCUGACAUUUUUACCCUCAACACUUUAAUGGAUGGGUAUUACUUAGUUAACGAGGUGAAGAAUGCAAAACAUGUAUUCAACCUUAUUACCAAGGUAGAAGUGACACCUAACGUUUACAGCUACAAUAUCAUGAUUAAUGGAUUAUGUAAGAGUAAAAAAGUGGAUGAGGCAAUGAAUCUCUUUUAG